GCAGUCAUAAUUUCCCGCUGUAUAUGAAAACAAAACAAAAUGUGGUGACCGAGGAAAGUGUCAACAUUAACCGUUUUCAUAAAUAACAGGCUAGAAAAAUGUAAAAAGAAUGGCAAGUGGAGGUGCGUCUUUCAUUGGAACACCUGUGACAGGGUUGACUGUUGGACACUCGAGUCCAGUGCGGCCAGUGAAGACAGCAGUGAUGAAGAAGUCGUCAGCUUCUGAACUGCUGGACCAGAUACGACAACUAGAGGUGGAGGGACAGAAGCUGAGGACCUCUAACUUAGUGAAUCUGGGGGUUUCCUCCUUUAACGGCAUUGAGUCGUCAUCAGAUCCAGGACAGUACACCCCAGUUUCCCGACCACCCAUUACACCGACCUCUCCAGCUACACUAUCAGCCCUCAUUGAUAUUUCCAAUGAACAGAAAACCAUCGCAGAUCUUAGGACCCAGCUGGAUGCCCAGCGUAAGGAGACGGAGCGGUUACAGCAGCAGUUGGCCGGGGAUUUUUCUAGUGUCCAGCGGAGCUCUGGCAGCAUGCACAGUGGACUCCCCAGCAGUCCCUCCAAAACUGGCUUCUCCACCCUCCCAUCAACAGAGCUCUUCUCGGCCAGGAGGGCACACUAUGACUACAGUGGACCUCCGUCUCAUCUAGAAAAAUCUCUCAAAGACUCCCAGGAACAAGUUGCUGAUCUCAGGAGGAGGCUACAAGAGGCCAGUGAGCUGAGCGAGCAGCAGAAGAGACAGUUUAGAGCCAGCAUAGAGGAGCUUAAGGGCAAACUACAGGAAACAGAGAUCAACAGGGACGCUGUGCUAGAUUUAAGACAAAAGGAAUCCUCUAACCAAGAAAUGAUGCUAAACAAAUUCCAAGUGACUGUACAACAGUUACAGGAAAAGGUCAGAGGUCAGGAAGAGGCUUUGAUGGAGGCUAACAGGAAGCUGGAAAGCACAAGCCGAGAGAAGUAUUUGAUAGACACGGCUCUGAACCAGAUCCGGCUCAUCCUGGUAGAUGUGGAACGCAGGCGAGGAAAACCAUACUUUGAGUCUGAUCCAGUAACCAAACAGGUUCCAGGCAUGCUGGUGCACACAUUAGAAAGAUUUGUACAGGAAAUGAACUCUGAACUUGAUCUAAAGAAGUCAAGAAUCACAGAGUUGGAAAAUGAGGUGAAAGCUUUAAAACAGAACAUCAGUCAGGAUAAAGAGUCCCUAAUCAAAGAACAACAAGAAAAAAUAACAAGUAUGUCUGCUGAGCAUGAAAAACAGAUGCUAGCUCUCCAAGAACGAGCUAAUAACUCCCGUAAACAGGUUAAUCAUCUCCAGCAACAGCUAGCCAUGUUUGAGGGUCAGCAAGAACAGCAGAUGAAGUUGAAGGAUGCUACCAUCAUAGAGCUGGAGAGUAAAAUCCGCCAUCUCAAGGAAGAACAGCAAGAGGAUAGGGUCAAAUGGCAUGAAAAGAGAGAGGUAUAUGAAAGAUCACAGGAGAGUUACCAGACAGAAAUGUGUAAGCUGAGGUCUGAUCGUGAUGAUGCGUUGAAAGAGUCCGCGACACAACACAGUAAACUAGAGGAGACACAGAAUGCUUUGGUCCGGUGUCAGACAGAGCUUGACCUUGAGAAACAGAAGACUGUCCACAUCUGGGAAAAAGAGACAGCCAUGCUGAGUAAACAGAAGGAACUAGAGACAAAACUAGAGGAGAAACAGAAAGACAUAGAGAGACUGGAGAAAAUGCUGGAACUCAUUAAAACCGAGUGUAAUGCUCAAGUCAGUGAAAAGAUAUCAUCAGCUGAGAGAAUGGAACGAGAGCGCCACUUGGAUCAGAUAAGCAGUUUGUCCUCCCAGCUUAGCUCACUCACAGAGAAAUGUAACAGGGUGUCAAUGGAACUUGAGCUCUCAAGAUCAGAGGUGAGCAACCUGAAGCAGCAGCUUAGGGACACCACAGACAAGCUGGACGCCAUGAGGAUUCAGUUUGAGGCAGUGGAGGCAGAGAAGAAACAUGUGGCCAACAUGCUGAGUGAUAAGAAAGCAGAUAUGGACAGGGUGACUCAGGAGAGAGAUUACUACAAUAAACUCCUAGAACAGAGAAAUGAGGAGAUUGGCACUCUGAAGGGGCAGAAGGAGAAACUAACCAUUCAACUGGAGGAAAAGGAGAAAAAUCUCAAGAUUCUGGGAGACCAGUCCUCCAAAAUAGCAGACCUAGUGGACAAUAACACACGCAGCAAUGAGAUUCUGAGGGAGGAAAAGGAUCGUCUAAUGAGCAUGCUCAAUGAGCGCACAGUGGCCUUGGAGGAGUUGAAGACAUCAAGGGAAACUAUGUCCAAGAAAAUGAAAAUUCGGGAAAAGAGGAUUAAAGAGCUGGAGAGUGAAAAACAGAAAUAUGAGGAAGAAGUAGCCUUAAGACAUGAGGAGUUGAUGAUCCUACAGCAAGAAAAAGAGAGCUUGUUCUCCGAGCUGAAGGAGAGUCGAUAUGAAGUGUCCUUAAUCACAGAGCAGAAGGAUGCUGUCAAAAAAGAGCUUGAGAAAGAAAUAGAGAGUCAAACCAAGGAGAUAGCCAAACUACAGAGCAAGGUCAAAGCCGCUGAUCAAGAGGUUCGUCUAGCUCAGAGGACAAUAAAGUCUCGAGACUCGGCAGAUCACCAAGCUGUAAAGGUGGCUGAUAAAAUGCAGAAGGAGGUAACAUUGAAAAGGAAUGAGAUUGACUCACUUAAAACAAAGAUGAGGUGGUAUGAAGACAAACUGGACUCUUUAUCAAGGGAGAGGAACAGUUUGGAACAUGACAAGGAUCGUUUAAAGUCCUCACUCAACAAAUCACUCACUCAUAGUCAGCAGUUGUCAGCUGAGCUCGAGCUGUCUCAGAACAAGAUAAUGGAUUAUAAGAGUCAAAUUACUCGGCUCGAGAUGGCUCUUGAGAAAUCACAAAGGAAGGCCAAAAUAGCAAAGUCAGCAGAGAAAUCAGGGAAACACAAGUCCACCACAAAGAAUGCCAUGUGUCAAGCAGAGGUUGAACAGUAUCAACAGGAUGUGGCCAGACUCAAGCUCCGUCACCAACUUGACCUUCAGGAAGCAAUACAGAGAUCACUGCCAAACAAAGUUACGGAGUUUGAGAACCCACCCUUAUUCACUUCAGCAUAUCCCGGGGUGUCUCACCUUAAGUCAGACAUGGGCAGCAGGCCGAGCAGUCUCAACUCGGAGAGGAGGUUCCCUAACAAAGAAUUCUCUGUGGAGUCUGUCCCCACAAGGGACACUGAUGAGUACAAGUAUGUUGGGAGUGAAUUGAAACAUUUAGUGGACCAAAUGAAAUCUCUAAUGGCCGACAGGAAACAGAAACAAGCUGAGAAGGCUUCACAUCAUAGAAGGUCAAGGUCAGCCCAGAAUGCCUAUGAUAGUUCAAAAAGUUCAUCCGACACAGAAUAUCACUCGGAUGUGGAGUUGGAGAGAAGUUAUUUGAGGUCAAGGUCAAGAGACAAAUCUGAUAACAGAGAAUACUCAGGAUAUUCUUCACUCAGGGAAAAUCGUUCCCGUUCCCUUUCGCCCCAUCGAGGACAUCAGCGGUCAUUCAGUAAUGACACGUCACAACUGUUACGAGCUGGUAACGACAGUUACCCGUCACGUACAGUUGGCAGCCUGGAGUCUCGUCCCUCUGCAACAAGAGAUUCUUAUACUACAGACCCUACAGAUGUAAGUAAAGAGGACACACACAAUAGCCUGUCACUCCAGGACAGUGCCGAAUUGUCCGCUGGGGAGUGUUCAGGUAGUUGUAAGGAGGCGGGGACAGGGCGUGGUAUCCCCCUACCACCACCCACAGAGACAAAUAACACUGAGGACCUGUGCCGCAGACUGGAACAGAAAAUUGAGUCCCUCACCAAAAUGGGUGGCUCACUACAGAAGGAAAAUAGAGAAAUGGCAGAUCUAAUGAAAGUUCAAGGAAAGAAGAUCAGAAAGGUCAAAGAGAGUCAGAAAAAAGUCAAGAAGGCAACUCGGUGACAGCUUCAGAGAAUUAAAUAAGAACAAACAUUCCAAAACCUGACUGGGGGGGGGGGAGCGCUAAAUGAUGACUGGGAAAGUCUUCUGUGCCAAACUUUCAGACAUCUCCAUUGACUAGAACAUUGAAUGCCUGUUUCUGUGUAUGGAAAUCAUACAAAACUGUACAUUAUUGAACUGCUUAGUUUAUGAAAUUAUUUUACAUUCUAAAAGAACAGAUUUUAGCUGAUGUUAGUUCUUUAAGAUAAAGAGUAGAAAAGGUUUGCCUAACUGUGUCAAGUACCUGGUUAAACUGAAUAUAUGUCGUCUUAUUUUCAUGUAUCCCCCAAAUCAUGUAACUUCUACCGAGUCUCCAUCUUAACCAAAUGUUGUACCUCUUCCAUAUGUGCUUUUUGUCAGUACUAAAUAAUACUGAUGUUAGAUGUGACUAUCUUAAUGGCUGUAUUUAUAAUUUAUAUUUAUAUUUUAAAUUUCUCAUUGUAAAGACAAUCACACUUCAUAACAGCAACAUUUCAGCUGUAACACCAUAUCCUACAUGUAUCUUAUUCCUACAGGUGGUGAUUUUUUUUUUACUGUAAACUCUGUGUAUUCCAUUUGUGUCUGUGAUAUGUUAUAAUGAAAAUCCAAUUUCUCUACAGCAUUUUACUAGAUGUAUUUAUAUUUACAUGUAAUUGUCAAA